UAAAGUCACUAUUAGGAUUAAAAUCCACAUGUCGAGAUUUCCAUACGACAAUGAGUGAUAAUUUAUUGUGGCAAUAUUUAUGUAACAGAGAUUUUGAUAAAACAGCAUUAAUGAGCGUUAGUCAAACAGAUGCCAACGUUGGUGAUUGGAAUCAACGUUAUAAAACAUUAUACAUACAGAAACAAGCAAUAAUUAGACAACAAUACAAAACUCCAUUUGUCCAUCCAUCUUUUUUUCCCAUACCACCAAAUCAUCAACCACAUCGUUUAUUAUUUCAAGAUGGACUUCCGAUUACAACCUCCACAUUUCAUCCAUUUCCACUCUAUCGUCCAAUACCACCGGGCAUAUUUCGAAUUUGCUCAAGUUCUCCUAAUCCACAAGUCUAUUGUCAACCUCUUUUAUGUAAAUACGUCGUGAUUUUUGCAGCUGCUACAAUGGUACCAUUACCAUGUUUUCAUCCUGUGUGGUUGGGCUAA